GUCCCUUGCUUCGCCUCUUCCUCUUUGGCUCCGCACAUUAGUGUUCUAAUCAUUAGCCGUAGGUGCCUCCCCGUUUCGUUACGUUUUCUUCCGUUUAUGAAACUUUUAGCAACAUAAUCUGCGUAAUUAUUACACCUCAUGUAGCGACUGCUCCACUUCAAAACAUAAAAACCACUAACGUUUUGCCAGAGAAGGAUUGCAAGGAGAGUUUGUGUCAGAGUCUGCUCCAGAAAGAAGUAGGUCCAGACCGAUCCAGCUAAGGAGUGAUACUGAGCAGAUACAUGGAUAGCCAAAUGAAGCAACGUGUCUUCACUGGGGUUGUGACCCAGCUCCAGGAGCAUUAUGGGAUGGUGGACCAGGAAGUGCGUUUUCAGAAGAGUGUGGUGAAGGGGAGAGUUCCGGCACUGGGGGAGAGGGUGCUGGUAAAGGCUGUCCUGGAUCUGUCUCAAUCACACAGCUGGAGCGCCCAGAGAGUACAGACCCUCGCGGAACACACACAGACGACAAAGUUUCCUCGUCCUCUCCUGCCCUCCAUGAUGCCUGCACACGCACAGAAACCGGGCAUUCUGGGUAGCAAGCCGCAGCCUCUCCUCAAAUCUCCCAAGAUCCCUCCUCUCAUCCCCAGCAUCCUUCACACUGUGGCCAAGCCGGGGUUGCUGCAGACUCCAUCAUGGGGGGGUCAGUUUGAGGGCUGGGGCAGAGGCAUCAGGAAGAGACCUGCUGAGGCAGGGAGACGAGGAGACCGCCGGGAGGACAGCGGAGUGAGGGGUUGUGACCAGAAGAGGAGGAGGUGGAAGGAGGAGGAGGAUAAGGGUGCACACCCCAAAAAGACCUCCCCUACCCCAGUUCAGAGUCCCGCCCUCUUCUCUUGCUUCCCCAGGGAUUGUGUGUCCUGUGACAGUCUAGAGCUACAGCGUCGCUACCCCCAUCUCCCUCUCCCCCCAUCCGUCUGCCACCUGUCAAUCAGUUGGAUUGACAGCUUUCCUCCCUCCCAGCCCCUCCCCUUCCCGCUCCCACAGCCCUGCCUUUACCACAUAGGCCCCGUCGAGCCUGACCAACACAUACAAACUGAGAGAGAGGGCGCAGAGUGCACUGUAAAGGUGCUGCUGUUGUCCAUGGCCAGUUCAGAGGAGCUGUACAGACAGUGCUGUGGGCUGCAGGACAGGAAAGAACAGCAGGAGGGUGCUAUGCACCCUGCCUCUCUCAUCAAGUUCCUUUUGGGGGAGGUAGGGGGUGAGUUUCGGGCCCUUGGGGGUCCGUGGUGUCUUGAGACAGAUGGCGGGGGUCCCAGUCCGCUGAAGGACCCCAGGGCACUGCUGAGGACAGCCCUGCGCUGUGUGAGGGAACAGAGUGGACUGGACCUCAGCGGCUGCUCCCAGUGGUAUAAGAUGGCUGAGCUGAGCUAUGUUUGUGAGGGGAAGCUGGAGACGGUGGUGUUUUUGUUACCUGAUGUCUGGCGGAUCGUACCUACAGAGGACGACUGGAGCACACUCAGGACUCAGGAGGAGGAAGGGGCCCCUCUCCCUGCCGCUCCAUGCCUGGUUGCAAGGCCUCGUCCUGGGCUAGCCCUCUGCCCCGUCCCCCUCUCCUCUCUCCUGGAGCCCCACACCUCCACAACCAAGGAGGCCUUUGAGGUGGGCUUGCUGGCAGAGUUGUUUUGUGAGAUGCUUCAGAGGGACUUUGGUCUACUGCUCUACCGCUGUCUCUGCUCUCUAACGCCUACACCCACGGAGGAUGACCAGAUAAAGAACGACAAAAAGCAGAGAAUACGGGAUGAGAGGAGUAAAAGAUUUCAGGAAAGAGGAGAGAGUGGAGGGACAGCAGCAGAGGAGACUGAUGACGAUGGAGAAGAGAUAGAUGAGAAAGAGGGAGAGGGAGAAAGAGAGAUGUUGGGAGAGGAGGGAAUUACUAGUGAGAAUUCAGACGGCCUCUUAAAGCACAAUGUGCUGUCUCGUAGGGUGUUGUUGGCCUGUGUGUUCUUUGACAAACGGCUCACUGGCGGCCUCAGACAAGCAGACCUUCACAACAUCUUACUGUCUCUAGGGCUGUGGCUCACACCCACCCAAGUCCAGGUGUUGUUGAAUAAGGUGUGUGUGGAGGGGCAAUGUCCAUACAGGAUGCUAGCCUCUCGCUGGGAGGACACAGAACACACAGAACCUGAUAUCAGCAUGGAAGGUAACCGUGGGUUGUUUCGUGGAGCUACAAAGAAGGAGAAGGCUUGUGGCCGGAAGUCUGGGGGAUCCAGGGGGCCAGCUGCAGCUGUGGGGGCUGAGGUGGUCUCCUACAAGGGCAGUGUGGUAAACAUCCCCAGCCUGCUACAGGCCCUGGAAGCAGCAGACAGAACACGGAACGCCCUGGAGCUACGCAUCGCCACCCUACAGGACGCACUGGUGGAUGCUGCGGCUGUCACUCAGGGCCAGGAGGAGGGUCUUAGCAGCAGGCUGGAGAAGGUGGAACUUCGAAGCUCAUCCUAUGAGAAGAAGCUGAAGGAGGAUGCUGGUCACAUGUUCACCCUCAUCCACAAAAUGCAGGAAAUGGUCGACAAGACGACAAGCCUGACUCAAUCAAAAACAGCAAAUGAAGAACACUGAUUGGUCGGAGCAGAACAGAGAAGUGAAGAUAAACUUGAAAGAUUACAUUAUUACAUACACACACGCACCAGCCGGCGUGACGGGGAUGAGUGAGUGACCACACACAUAUACAGUCAUGAUGGAAAGUAUUGGCACACUUGAUAAAGAUGAGCAAAAAAGACUAUAAAAAAAAUGAUACAAUUACUGAGCUAUAAUGUAUGCUCCCAAAUUUUUUUAAAUGAUAUGAUUUUAUACUAAUACAACUGCUCAAAGAAAGAGAUUUUGUUUUUCUCAUUAGAUGGGGUCGAAAUUAUUGGCACCCCUCUUUUCAAUACUCCGGCACCUUUGUGAGGAUAACGGCAUAGCCUUUUUCUAUAAUGUUUUAUGAGAUUGGAGAACACAUUGGGAAGGAUGUUAGACCAUUCCUCCAUACAGAAUCUUUCCAGAUUAUUGAUAUUCUUCGUCUGCGAAGACUGCCCUCUUCAAUUCAAACCACAGGUUCAAUUGGGUUCAAAUUCGGAGAUAGAGCUGGCUAUUGCAAAAUGUUGAUUUUUGUGGUCAGUUAACCAUUUCUUUGUAGAUUUUGAAGUGUGCUUGAGGUUAUUGUCUUGCUGGAAGAUCCACUUGCAGCUAAGUUUCAGCCUCCUGGCAGAGGCAACCAGGUUUUUGGCUAAAAUGUCCUGGUACUGGGUAAAGUCCAUCAUGCCAUUGACCUUAACAAGGGCCCCAGGACCAGUGGAAACCAAAUAGCCCCAUAACACAUUUUACAGUAGGUACGGGGUUAUUUUCUGCAUAUGCAGAUGCCAGACCCACCACUGGCAUUUACAUUUGUUGGAUAUCAUAUUUCUCCAAUGCCAAAUCAGUGUCUUAUUUGCAAUGAGAGAGCAUCGCAUCGCGGACCAAAGCACUGUUAUAGAUCACUUUAUAUAAUCACAUCAGUUUUUAUUUAUCUUAAAAAAUAGAUAGGAAGAAAUACAAAGCUCUCUUAUUCCUACUCUAAUUUGCCUACUUUCAGCACCAGGAGCUGUCCAUUUCCAAUUGAUUGUGCCACGGCUGCUGCUUCAAGUUUCAGCACCACAAUGUAAAUGACUGACAUCUGGCUUAUUGUGAGGUCAAUAACUGAUAAAUACAUCAUUGGCAAGAAAAAAUAUUGUUUUUAAUCAAAUAUAUUAUAGUAGUAACAAGCUAUCAAAGUUGACUUCCAUCUUUGCGCUCUCCUCAAACUGAACAGAAUAUAGGCUAUAGGCUAGUCUGUGCGCAAGACGUUAACGUUUUGGAUGAGCAGAGCAGGCCGGGGUUGGAAUAUCCAUUGGUUAGGCAGCACACAAUAACGUUUUGGAUGAGCAGAGCAGGCCGGGGUUGGAAUAUCCAUUGCAGUGUGUAAUACAACCCAGUUUUAUUUGCACCGUCCCAGCAGCCAUCUUAGAAAUAUAACUUUAUAUAUAACUAAUUUCUAUGCUUCUCUGAGCAGGCACUUUGUAUUCUAUAGGCUAUGGAUCAUUUGAUUGAACCACACUAAAUAGCCUGCAAGCACACUUGAUAUUCCGCGCCCAGCAGAGAAUCAGAGUUGAGGGGCAGCAUCGGGCACACGUCAAUCUAUAGCCUAUUAAGCAACUCAUUCUAAAACGCUUUCAUCAAUUACAUGACUCUCCCCUGGACUAGAAAAAAAAUCCAAUAAAAAAAAUAUAUAUAUACACUACCGUUCAAAAGUUUGGGGUCACUUUGAAAUUUCCUUGUUUUUGAAAGAAAAGCAACAAAAAAAAUCCAUUAAAAUAACAUCAAAUUGAUCAGAAAUACAGUGUAGAGAUUGUUAGUGUUGUAAAUUACAUUCUAAGUGACCCCAAACUUUUGACCGGUAGUGUAUAUACAAAACCCUCCUCCAGGUAACCAUUCUGUAAAUGUUUAUCCAUCCUCUACUGUAAAAUAUGGUGGUGGAUCUUUGAUAAGCUCAACAUGUCAAGGAUCUGAUUCUGUAUUGGGAAUCGUCUAAGAUCCCUCCCAAUGUGUUCUCCAAUCUAAUAAAACAUUUUGGAAAAUAUGUAUUUUAUUUCAUGAUGUCAAUGUUACUGCAAACAUUCUUCAUUCAACAACUCUACUUCCAUCUAUCGUUGUGAUUUGGCAGGAAUAAACACGUUUGAAUAAAAAAAUUCUGGGUAAAAAAAGA